AUGGUGACUGUGGGCAACUACUGCGAGGCCGAAGGGCCCGCGGGUCCGGCCUGGGCGCAGGGUGGCCUGAGCCCCUGCUUCUUCUUCACCCUCACGCCCUCGGUGCUGACGGCCCUGGGGACUCUGGCCUUGGUGCUGGCCCUUCCCUGCAAGCGGCGGGAGCGGCCAGCAGUCGCCGACGCGCUGUCUUGGGGGGCCGGACCUCGUGUCGCUCCCUACGUGCUGCAGCUGCUUCUGGCCACACUUCAGGUGGCCUUGCCCCUGGCCAGCCUGGUUGGUCGAGUGGGCACUGCGCGGGGGGCCCCGCUGCCAGGUUACCUGCUGCUGGCUUCCAUACUGGGGAGCCUGGCCGGCGCCUGUGGCUUGGGACUGCUCGUUGUGGAACGGAGCCAGGCGCGGCAGAAGCUAGCAAUGGGCGCCUGGAUCAAAUUCAGUCACAGCCCCGGUCUCCUGCUCCUCUGGACUGUGGCUUUUGCAGCCGAGAACUUGGCCCUGGUGUCUUGGAACAGCCCACAGUGGUGGUGGGCAAGGGCGGACUUGGGCCAGCAGGUACAGUUUAGCCUGUGGGUGCUGCGCUAUGUGGUCUCUGGAGGGCUUUUUGUCCUGGGGCUCUGGGCUCCGGGACUUCGUCCCCAGUCCUACACAUUUCGGGUCAAUGAAGACGAUCAGGAUGUAGAAAGGAGCCAGGUUCAGUCAACAGAGGGGCCACCAGCAUCUACCUGGCGAGACUUUGGCAGGAAGCUCCGGCUCCUGAGUGGCUACCUGUGGCCUCGGGGAAAUCCAGCUCUGCAGCUUGUGGUGGUCAUCUGCCUGGGGCUCAUGGGGCUGGACCGGGGACUGAAUGUGUUGGUGCCCAUCUUCUAUAGGGACAUAGUAAACUUGCUGACUGAGAAGGCACCUUGGCACUCCCUGGCCUGGACUGUUACCACCUAUGUCUUCCUCAAGUUCCUCCAGGGCGGUGGCACUGGCAGUACAGGCUUUGUGAGCAACCUUCGCACAUUCCUGUGGAUCAGGGUGCAGCAGUUCACAUCUCGGGGGAUGGAGCUGCGCCUCUUCUCCCACCUGCAUGAGCUCUCACUGCGCUGGCACCUGGGUCGCCGAACAGGGGAGGUGCUGCGAGUCGUUGACCGGGGCACAGCCAGUGUCACUGGGCUGCCCAGCUACCUGAUUUUCAACGUUCUUCCCACACUGGCUGACAUCAUCAUUGGCAUCAUCUACUUCAGCAUGUUCUUCAACGCCUGGUUUGGCCUCAUCGUGUUCCUGUGCAUGAGUCUUUACCUCACCCUAACCAUUGUGGUCACUGAGUGGAGAACAAAGUUUCGACGUGAUAUGAACACACAGGAAAACGCUACCCGGGCACGAGCCGUGGACUCUUUGCUAAACUUUGAAACGGUGAAGUAUUACAAUGCAGAAGGUUAUGAAGUGGAACGUUAUCGAGAAGCCAUCAUUAAAUAUCAGGGUUUGGAGUGGAAGUCAAGCGCGUCACUGGUUUUACUAAAUCAGACUCAGAACCUGGUGAUUGGACUUGGACUGCUUGCUGGCUCGCUGCUUUGCGCGUACUUUGUCAGUGAGCAGAAGCUACAGGUCGGGGACUUUGUGCUUUUUGGCACCUACAUCAUCCAGCUGUACAUGCCCCUCAACUGGUUUGGCACGUACUACAGGAUGAUCCAGACCAACUUUAUUGACAUGGAGAACAUGUUUGAUCUGCUGAAGGAGGAAACAGAAGUGAAGGACCUUGCUGGAGCAGGGCCCCUUCGCUUCCAGAGGGGCCAGAUUGAGUUUGAGAAUGUGCACUUCAGCUACGCUGAUGGGCGGGAGACCCUGCAGGAUGUGUCCUUCACUGUGAUGCCUGGGCAGACCCUGGCCCUGGUGGGCCCAUCUGGAGCAGGGAAGAGCACAAUUUUGCGUCUGCUCUUUCGCUUCUAUGACAUCAGCUCUGGCUGCAUUCGAAUAGAUGGUCAGGACAUUUCACAGCCCAUCCUUCCUCCUAGGCCUGGGGGGAUCUCACAGGCCAGGAAUAUGGUCUCUUGGCCCCAGGUGACCCAGAUCUCCCUCCGGUCUCACAUUGGAGUUGUGCCCCAGGACACCGUCCUCUUCAAUGACACCAUUGCCAACAAUAUUCGCUAUGGCCGCAUCACAGCUGGGAAUGAUGAGGUGCAGGCUGCUGCCAAGGCUGCAGGCAUCCAUGAUGCCAUUGUGGCUUUCCCUGAGGGGUAUGAGACGCAGGUGGGCGAGCGGGGACUGAAGCUCAGCGGUGGGGAGAAGCAGCGUGUCGCCAUCGCCCGCACCAUUCUCAAGGCCCCCGACAUCAUUCUGCUGGAUGAGGCAACAUCAGCGUUGGAUACAUCUAAUGAGAGGGCCAUCCAGUCUUCCCUGGCCAAAGUCUGCGCCAACCGCACCACCAUUGUAGUGGCACACAGGCUCUCAACUGUGGUCAAUGCUGACCAGAUCCUCGUCAUCAAGGAUGGCUGCAUUGUGGAGAGAGGACGGCAUGAGGCUCUGUUGUCCCGAGGCGGGAUGUAUGCGGACAUGUGGCGGUUACAGCAGCAGGGACAGGAUGAAAUCCCUGAAGAUACCAAACCCCAGUCUAAGGCAUGGUGACCAAAGUUGUGGCUACUUCCUUCCCAAAGGGUCACUGAAAGGGAAUAAGAUGUACCCUUCUUCCAUGGCAUAUUUUAUCCUGGUCUUGGGGUGCUGUGCUAGCCAAAGUGGGGAAAAGGGACCUUUCAGUAAAGCAAUUUUGGGGGAAAUAAAAGUGUGGACUGUGCUAGGAA